GGCUGUGAUUCGUCCGUCGCCACGUCUGCUCACAUCCACCAGCUCAGCAGAUCGUUCUCAUCAUGCGUUGAACGCCGCCUGGCGGUGGCGGACGUCCUCGGGGAGAGGCGUAGCAGGAGCCGGUGCUGAUCUGAAGCUCUCAUUUCAGCCGGUCUUCUGCUGCCAACGAGCUGGGCGCGGCUGCUGGCAAGGCUGCGUGGUGCAGGACGGCGGGAAGAAAACGCCUUCGUGCAGCAGCCAUUUCGUCCACAGCUUCGACGAUUCUGACCCGCGUCUCGUGUCGCAGCAUGACUUUGUCCAUCAGCCAAGCUGUCAUUCGUCUGCAUUUCUGCCCAAGAUCCGCGCUGUAGGCUGGCUGCGUGGGCGAACGAGACGACGCCGACGAGGGUCAUGCCAUACGCCGCUCCCGGGCUCGUCUGCUAGAGCAUGAGUUGUUAAGGUUCAGUGCCUGGUUGUUCCUCAGAGCCACGGAUGCACGACGAGCGAGGAUCUUGCAUGCAUUGGGCCAGUUUCGGAUCGCCCUUCGCACGGGCUCUGCACCACCAUGCCCGUGUCGACCUUUUCUGCAGGCCAUCCUUCUCGUUCGCGAGGAGCUCUCAUUGCGCGCUGGACCUCCACUCGAGACCGGAUCGAUGCUGACGAGCAACGGAGCAGCAUGCAAGAGCUGGACGGGACGGGGCUGUAUGACCGUCCAGACUGGCCGCUGUCGUUGUCGGCAGCCGAAGAGCAGCAUGGCAAGAGAGGCGGGCGGGGUGCACGGCUGGCCGAGCUGGACGACGAGCUGGUGGAAGACGGUGCGGUGAUGCGGAGACUGGAGGACAUCAGCCCCACGCUGGCUAUCCUGAACGGCGGAGCCUACACCACCGACCCCGAAGUCAGCGAUAUCGAUGAGGACGACGACGACGAUGACGACGAAUCGCUCGGUCCGCCCUCACCACCGCUCCCGCCGCAACACCAGCACGACCACUCUCGCCAACUGCCGCAAUCGUACAGCAUCGAUGAAGGCUAUUCUCAGCAACGCCGUCGUUCGCCGCGCGGAUCACGGCGUCAGCAGCAUGCCGAAGUGUCGCCAGUUCGGGAAGAGCUCCAGUUCGAGUCUAGGCUCAUCCGUGAUUCAAGAUCAGAGCAAGAGCGAGUGGAACAGGGCAGCGGUGGUCCACAGGCUGUGCAAGCGUCGCACGAUGCCCACGAAGAUGAGAACGGCGACGUUGAAGAGUCGAGGGAUGUUGCCCGCCCGUUGUCUUACAUUGGCAAUUCACCGGCAUUGCAGCAAGGGGUGACACCUACGAGCUCUCCAUAUCUCAAUGGGGCUGCAUAUUCAGCUCUGACAACCAACGAUCGAAGCAACAACCGGAACUCAAUAGCCAAGGAGCCGAUGCAUAGUAGCCAUGCUGACAGAAGGCUGUCCAAGAGAAGCUCAAUAUACAACACCACACAAAUACCAUUCCAAAAAGAGCGAGUGCGGUAUAGCUGGCAAUCGAUCCAGGAUGACGAGCCCAACCGGCCGCGGAUACAUGUGAUCAAGCUGUUUUCGCAGACGGCGACGGCAGCUGCAGGAUUUCCCACUGGAGAGGCUUUCGGGUUCUCCACUUCGCCGGGUGGUAGAAGAAUAGCAGUCUACAACAGUGCCAGAGUAUAUGUGCUGCAAACCAACGCUCUGCCCGUUGGGAUCACCCAGGACUAUGCAUUGAAACGCAGGCCGAUCGAUAUUGGAUUGACCGACGAGGGCAACACCCUGGCCAUUCUAGCAGAUGAUCAUACCAUUAACGUCUACGAGCUUGGUCAUGAGCUACGGAGAACGAGGGCGAUCUCGUUGGACUUUCCGACGCACUGUAUUGCACUUUCACCGACCGGAGGUCUACUGGCGGCGGCAUAUGAAGGUGGCAUCGAGGUCUUUUCACUGGCAUCCAGUGCCCUUCCUACAGAUCGCAGAGCUGUUCGUUGUGUCAAAAUGGAUCGCAUGAUGUUUUCCGAUGAUGGUUCGACAUUACUCGGCACGACCACGCGGAUCAAUGUGUCAUCUACAGUGACUGUCUCGGUCCCAGUCUUUCCUGCACGAGCAGACGGAGUGCCCACACACGAAGAGCUCAAAGAAGCCUGGUGUUCCGAGUUACUACAUCCCGAGAACAUUCGCAACAGCAGCCAUGCUGCAUUUAUGCGAGAGAACCGGAAGACUUGCAAUGAGAAACUAUUUGCUUGGAAUGGACUGGAGGAUACGUUUGGCAUUUUGGACGUUAGCGACAUGCAUUACGGCAACUUUGACUUCCCAGUAGUCAUUUCGCCACCCCUUUCGACUUGCGGAGGGCUAGGAGCAGCGAUUCAUAGCUGCCCUUCGAUCGAUGAGCACGGGGACACCGUGGCCAUGAUUGUAAAUGACAGAACGAUACGACUAUACAUUGUACCUCGGGGUACGGGAGAUGAUGUCGCUGUGGUUGAGGCGCACAGCAUCGAUCAUGAGCUCGAUGAAGGUUAUGGAUGCCCAUUCAGCGAGGCGAAAUGGGUGCACAGUUCCGCUUCACUUCCAUCACCAGCACACGACGAAAGACAGGUUCGUGGACGCUUGAUUGUAACAAGCCCUGGCGGCGUGAUAGAAGCCGGCGUUAGUGAGGAGAGCGUUGAGGAGAUCGAGGGCGGUAGAAUAAUCCUCUUCGAUUUCGAUCCUCAAUUCUCUGGCCAGCCGGGACAAACCUUCAACUUGACCUUGGGAAAGAGUCCACCGGCGCCGCUCACCGAGGAGAAGAAGAGCAUGAAUGAACAGGUGAACCUUGUGCGAAGGAGAACUGUCAACCAGAGCAGGAGUGGCUCACUGAACCAAAGGCCAGCAACAUUGGGCAGAUCAGCGACAACGAAUGGAAGUCGCUCAACGAGAAAUCCGGGCGCAGCAAAUCCAGCUGUGGCUGCUAGGUCGAAUCGCAACAGCAUGCUCUCAGUGGGCAGUAUGCAAUCGGAAGCCACACGGAGUCUGCCAGACCUUCUCGAAAACGCCGAAGCAGCGGAGGAGGCAUUCGAAGCGCCGUACGUGCAAGGACAGCCCCGGUCACAAGCAUCUCUGCAGCGAGCGGCAUCGAACGCCCAGCGACAUCGAUUCCAGACUCUGGAAGAGCGUAAUCAAGCACAUGUCAGCGUCGACUCGUCUGGUGGCUUCCUGGCCCUGCCAGAAUACACGGAGGAACCAAAUGCGCCACUUCCCAGCCGCUUUCGAGCCAUGGCUGGACUCGAUGCCCCUGCCGUGUUCAAUCGCCCCAAACCCGCCAUCAUCACCAACGUCAAUGGCGAAAUGGCGGGUUCGAAUGCGCUCGCCAACGCCUCAUCUCAGGCACCUCAUACCGCGCCUCCAGAUGUGGGAGAAAACUUCAGCUCGGAUAUGGCUUUCCGGAAUGCUAGUUUGAGCCACGAUGUCGCCGAGGAACAGGCACAGACACUCGAUGAGCGCACGAGAAGAGAGAUUCGCAGGAACGAGAUCGAGCAGCAAGGCAUGGACGCUAGUCACGCUACCAGUCCGCAGAGCCCUGUCGAUUCUACGACGAGUUCGAUUCCCAGCAGCUUAGCACGACUGGACAAUCGACAGCAGACUCGAUUGGAGCAAUUGGCGCGCGGCACCGGGACAUAUUCUUCCUCUGGCACUUUUGACUCUAGAUCACAAAGUCCUGCGCCGCUUAGCGCAGUGAGUGCGUAUGGUUCCUUUGCGUCCAUGCCAAGAAGUUUGCAACGGGCGUACAGUAACGCAGUCUCGCCCGUGGGUCAUGUUCCUGCUCCUGCAAUGGUGGGAGAAUGGCAGACUGCCGUACCUGUCACUCGUCCAGCGACAUCGACGACUGGUCAUCUCGAAGACGAAGAUAUAAUAUCACCCGUGGAUUCCCAGCGAAGCAUGUUCGGCAGGGUUCCGAACGGGUACCGCAACUCCACCUCGUUGAUCCAUCCUCCUGGCCAUUCCGUGCAUCGCACUCAGCCCAGCGGUGCCACAGUGGCUACCAUGCCUGAGAGACCCUUCGAGCCCAUGCCACCGGUGCCAGAUCAGAGAAUGCCACCACACAUGCACGCAUUCCGAAAUGCGGCUGCAGCGAACGCGAACGCUUCGGCAUCCUUGUUCCCACCCGUUCAGCCACCGGACCAUGUGCCCCUGCGCCAGCCUUCCACCAAAGCAGGAUCGGAAGGGCAUCCUAUCACAGGCUGGCACCCACCAGCACCGUCCACGGUACCGAAGAGUAGCCAUGGCACGAUACGCAACAGCAAUGGACACGGCCACGUGAGGAACCGCAGUUCAAGCGCGAAAAGUGCCUUUGCAUCGACAGACAAAGCAAAGAAACUAGGUUUCUUUCGCAAGUCCAAAAAAUCCGAACCACUUCAUCCCAGUCGGGACAGUGGCAAGGGGUGGGAAUAUUCCGAACAACAUGGAGAGGUCAAAAGCCUCUUGACGAUGAACCCCACUAGGCGGGGAGAAAAGUGUGUGAUGAUGUAGGAAUAUGAUCUUGUGUGAAAGAAGAUGAAAAGCGAAAUACCUCAGGUAUCUUCCCGAUGACGACCGUUAUGACUUGCGAAGGAUGAUUGUCACAUUUGAGAAAAAGGUCAGCAUUACAAAAUGGAUACAGGGAGAGAGUUGUAUGUACAGUAUUUUCUGCACAAUGAGUGUGUGCAUAUUGGGCGCAGAUGGAGAUACCCUGUAGAGGAAGCAUGUGUAGCGGUCAGUUGCAAUGACAAUUGAAUUUGUGCACAACGUGUACAUGUGUUU